GUUAAUGCAUAUUCUCAUUGAUAUUUGAGGCUUUCAGUCGGCGGAGCUGGUUAACCGGAUAGUCCUUUGCCGGUGCUAAUCGCGGCUUUUGCCGGUAGGUCCAGCAUGUCUUUGCCGGGCGAAGUGGCUCCUCGGUGACGAGCGUUUCUCGCCCGUCAUCCAGCCCGCUUCUCGCCGCAGCUCCGGGCUUGCAGUGCGCUGCGUGGGGGCAUUUCCCUAAAAGAACAACUUAGAUGCAUUGCAUAAUGAGAUAAAAACUGGCAGAGAAAAAGAAGAAAAGACAAAUAAUCGUUUUUGGUUUUUAGUCGUUCUUAUCGGCUUUGCUGCUGCUCCGGUCGUUUCAGCACCACAAUCAGCGGACAGCGACUGCUGUCGCUCCCGGAAGAAAGAAGGAAAAAAGAAAAAGUGAAGCCGUUUUCUGCCUGGAUUGUACUGGAAGCUGAUUGUUGGUGGGAAAAAAGCCUGUAUUGCGUGGAGGAAUAUAUACCAGUAGAUCAGUCUCCUUUUAGUCAGGCUAUAACAUUUUCACGUAUUACCCUUCAGCUCCGGAUGUCGAGUUGGCGAUACCGGCGCUGCCAUCCGAUGUGAUUUUUCAGCUUUUUAAGAAAGCACUUGAUCGACAAAUAAAUAAACGACCCCCCCACACACACAUUUCGGAUUAGAAGGAUUGAUGACUGGGGAGCGCGUACAGCUAAUAUUUCUUUACCACCUGUUAACAGAAUAUCAGCCCAUGGGAACAGCAAGGGGCCAGUGGAGUAAUUCCUGAGCCUCGGCAAGGGCGGAAUAUCCCUGGAGUCCAAUGCUCAUCCAGACCUGACCUCCGUGAAGUUUGAAACUCCAGCAAGGACAGCUGUUCCCACUGUGGCAUAGCACAUGGAUUUCAAGACUUCCACUGAGGAGACAAAGAGUGGGGUUUACUUGCUACAGGAUGGUCACCAGGAGCCGUUCAAUGUUCGACUGCACUUAGCUAAAGACAUUCUGACUCUUCAAGAGCAAGACGUCAUUUGUGUAUCAGGCGAGCCAUUCUAUUCAAGCGAAAGAACAGUGACAAUCAGAAGACAGACAAUUGGAGGAUUUGGCUUAAGUAUUAAGGGCGGCGCCGAGCACAAUAUCCCAGUGGUGAUAUCCAAAAUUUCCAAAGAGCAAAAAGCUGAGUUGUCCGGAUUGCUGUUUAUUGGUGAUGGUAUCCUUCAGAUAAAUGGAAUAAAUGUGAGAAGUUACCGCCAUGAAGAAGUGGUUCAGGUCUUGAGAAACGCUGGGGAGGAAGUGACGUUGACCGUCUCCUUCUUGAAGAAGACUCCAGCCUUCCUGAAACUGCCACUCUGUGAAGAUUGCACAUGUUUACCCAGUGACCAGAGCAGUGGGACGUCGUCGCCCCUGUGUGACAGCGGCUUGCACUUAAACUAUCAUCCCAACAACACGGACACGUUGUCCUGCUCGUCUUGGCCGACGUCCCCAGGGCUGCGGUGGAGAAGCGGUGGGUGGAUCUGCGGCUGAUUCCCCCUGCUACACUCACGCCUGUCCCAGUACAUCCCGGGCUCCGACGUCUGCAGAAAAAACGCCUUUCAAGUCAUCGCGGUGGACGGGGUCUGCAGUGGUGUGAUCCAGUUCCCCUCCGCCGACGACUGUUUAGACUGGCUUCAAGCAAUAGCAGCUAAUAUAUCUGCUCUCACAAAGCACAAUGUGAAGAAGAUCAACAGGAAUUUCCCUGUAAAUCAGCAGAUCAUCUACAUGGGCUGGGUGGAGGAGAAAGAGCAGGACUGCGUUCAGGACCGAAUGUACACCCCCAAGUUCCUGGCUCUGCGUGGCUCCUCCCUCUUCAAGUUCUCUGCACCACCUGUAACGACAUGGGACUGGACGCGAGCAGAGAGGAGUUUUACGGUGUACGAAAUCAUGUGCAAGAUAUUAAAGGACAGCGACCUUCUGGACCAACGGAAGCACUGCUUCAGCCUGCAGACGGAGUGCGGGGAGGACCUGUUCUUCAGCGUGGAGCUGGACUCUGAGCUGCUGGUGUGGGAGAAGGCCUUCCAGAUGGCUACCUUCUUAGAGGUCGAGAGGAUGCAGUGCAAAACGUACGCCUGCAUUAUGGAAAGUCAUCUCAUGGGACUCACAAUAGACUUCGGCAUGGGGUUUGUCUGUUUCGAUGCAGCAUCUAAGGCCGUCCUCUGGAGAUACAAGUUCUCCCAGCUCAAAGGGUCAUCUGAUGAUGGGAAGAGCAAGAUCAAGUUUCUGUUUCAAAACCAAGACACUAAACUCAUUGAAGCUAAGGAGCUGGAGUUCUCCAACCUCUUCGCAGUGCUGCACUGCAUCCACUCGUUCUUUGCUGCCAAAGUGGCCUGCCUGGACCCCUUGUUUGUGGGUAGCCAAGGUGCAGCCGCUGCAUCACUGACUCCAGCCCCCAUGGCUGCCCCCGUCUCUUGUACUGCUACAUCUGGGAAGAUCAAAUACACCACUUGACAAUCCCUGAGAAGGAACCUCCCCCAUCCCCCGCCUCCGUCCUCUCACCCCCCCAUCACUUCAUCACUAAGGCAAGUGCAGUGACAGAGUGGCUAAUCCAGGUUCCCGCUGUUCAAGAGCUCCACAUCCUCUACUCUUUAUUUGGGUUCUACGGGAACGGAAGAUGUUACCAUGUGUUACCUUGUUUUUUUUUCCCAUCUUUCUUUCAGUCCAGCAUUAACAAUAUAAACCCUGUUGUAAAUUAGUAGUACCUCAUUUGAUGCCGUUGUCACUAAUGUAAAUACCGGGUCAAAAUGUGGGGUCACCACAGACAUAAUAAUGCCAUUCUAUUUUUACAAACCGAUCGGCUCAACGGAAAUUCCACAUGCAAAUGAACUGGCAUCACGUCAUUCUAACUGUGCGUCAUAUCAUACUAAAAUACCUUAGUAUCUCUGCAGACAUUUGCACAUACCUGACCUUGAUUGUUGUCUGAGUUUAAUUUUGUUUCUAAUUCGCUUUCAUUUUAUUUAAAUGUUGAUGCCCUUCGUUUAUGCUCCAAAAGAAAUAAUGAAAUCGAACGACUACAUUUUGAAACUCUUAAGUAGCCCAACUAGUUUCAAAGUAGUCUGUUCCAUCUCUCAGUGCAUUAAAUCGUUUUUUCCUUUAAGUGAUUUUAAGGUGCUGCUUUGAUAUGGCACUCAUCAUCCCAACGUGAUGAUCUGAACUUAAAGGUGACAAUCCGGAUGAGUUUGCUGCAGUUGGGUAGCUCAGGGUUUGUGGGUUUUUUCUUUUCUUAUUUUUUUUUUUACCAAGAUCAUGAGACACAUAAAUUAGCUGUCAAAUAAAGUGAAGAAGUCAGCCAAAGUUAAACAGCAUUUUUUCACUGUACAAUUUGUCUGCAACAAACGUGUACUUUAGGCAGUGAGCUAGCAGUUAAACACAGAUAUCUCCAUAGCAUACACAACCAGGGAGAUUCAUCCAUUCUAGUUUUCAUGAGGAAGCCAGGACAUACAAAACCAGGAAGCAGCAGCAGCAGAGCUCAUGUGAAAAUACAUUUUAUGCAGUAGAUGCACAGAUGCAUUGCUGCUUAAGUUACAAAUGCGUUGCAUUUGCAUUUCCCCAUUGUAAUUACAGUAACAUGCUCAAAAUGACUGAAAUGAAUCGCCUCUGUUUAUUUUUUAACCAACUGCAAUCAUUUUCUAACUAAGUAAACCUGUUUCUUAAUAACAGAAUAGCAGCUUGUGUUUAGCCGUAAUCAGUUUGUCUUGGACUUCUGCCGAAUCCUGUCGUGUGUUUUUUACAUGCAGAUAUAAACAGAAAAAUCAUAGAGUUUACAUUGGUCCGUGUGUGUAGUGAACCGUUCAAUACCUGCUUUUUUAGCAUUUGUAUACAGUUGAGUCUGUUAGGUUUCAGUGUUAUAAAUACCAUAAAGUCACGCUUGUCUCGCACAAUCUAUUUUGGUGAAAUAUCAGUUAUCUGGGUUGUUUAACGAUGCUUUGACAAAACACACUGUAACGCGAUGAAUCUUGUAUUAUAGGCAACCACUGAACAAACGUGAUCAAAAGCAAUAUUGCAAAUUACGAAUUAGCAUUAAUUCUACGGCCAUACCGAUGAACAACUGCCCAUUGCCAUUGACUCACUAAUCCCAUAGCGUCAAUUUCUUUUCAACCUAUGUACCCAGUGUUAGUCAUCAAUAAUUAUUUGUACUGUUUUUUUUCUCAUAACCAAUUUAUGGUGUUGUUGUGUGGCUCGUCACAGACAUAGUGAUGUUUACGUAGUAAUAACUGUAGUUAUUACUAUGUAAUGGUAAAGUUUACAUAGUAAUAACUGAAGAACGGAGCACGCAUUUGUAAAAUAGAGACAUGUUUUGCUUCAAUCGUUGCCUGAGGCUUUCCAGUCAACUGCAGAUACCUCACUCACAGCACACCACCAUGCCUACACAGUCACGGCCCUAUAAUUCUUUCAUUUCAGUAGCUAAAUAAGUGAUAUGUUCACUUCCAGUCCCUAUUUAUUAUGCUAUUGUAUAGUAUAAAUAUAUAGAAUUGUGGCUUUCUAUCAUUGUAAAUGAAUAAGUACUAUUUGAUUCUUACUACCCAUUAACUUAGUGUGGACCAAGUUAAAUGACCUAAAUUUUUAAAAGAAGUAUGUAUAGUAUUACGGAUAUCAAAAUUUAAGAUGCCUUUUUUAUACACUUUGUCCUGUACAGAUCAGAAUAUAUUUAAACUGACAAAAGUAUGCUGUCACUUUAUCGAGGAUUAAGCAUGUUUAUAUAUAGGGUGACAAAAAUUUAUGCAUUGCAAGGAGUUGCAGACUUCGUAUAUUGCACCAUGGCUCAAAGUUGUUUUCCUCUUCACAACUGAAAGCUUUCCAUUAUGGCCUUGUGUUGUUAUUUUCUCCCCUUUGUAUGUUAUUUUUCUAGUUUCCCACAGAUUAAUUUCUGUUUCUUGCAAUGGAAAUAUCGCCUGAUGUUGCCGACAUCCAUCGAUGUGUUUUGACAAAAAGAAAGCAGAGCGUUUAUACAAAUUAGAACCCCGAGACAGUUUUGGUAGAAGCUCAAACUUGGUCCAGACACUGAUCUUUUCUUGUUCUGAGAUUGUGUUCCUUCGCUGCCUCUCAGUAGUAGUCAAAGGGUCAAAAAUUACAUAAUAAGAGGAGUGUUACAGCAGAACAGGCUCAUUCCUCUGUACUGCUAAGUAGUACAUUUCAGAUUUCAAAUGGCACAUUAAACACUAUGCAAAAGGACACAGAUGCAGUGAGGCUGCACUUAGCUAGAUAUGGAGGCUCCUAGCAACUAAUUUUAGAACAUUUCACCCUGAUAUAUAAAAAGAAUUGAAAAGUUGGGUUUUAUUUUUUUGCCAAAUGAUAACUGUUUAUGAU